AUGUCUGACAGCUACGGUGGAAACGACAGCUACGGCUCCAGCCGUCGCGACAACGACAGCUACGGCUCUGACAACCGCCGUGACGACAACGACAACAGCUUCGGCUCCGGCCGUCGUGAUGACGACAACUCAUUUGGCUCAUCUGGCCGAGACAACAACGAGUCCUCUUACGGAUCCGGUAACACCGGACUCGGUGGAAGUGACAGCUAUGGCUCUUCCAACCGUGACAACGACAACACAUACGGUUCCAGCAAGCGGGACAAUGACUCUUACGGAUCCAGCAACAAGGACAACGACUCGUACGGGUCUAGCCGCAAGGAUAACGAUACCUUCGGCUCCAGCGGCCAGUCCGGACUCGGUGGAAGCGAUAGCUAUGGCUCUUCCAACCGUGACAACGACAACACAUACGGCUCCAGCGGCACUACUGGUCUGAGUGGCGGCAGUGACAGCUACGGCUCAUCUCGCCGCGAUGAUGACAACUCUUACGGCUCCAGCAAGCGAGACAACGACAACCUCGGUGGCUCUGGAAACACAUACGGCUCCAGCUCAGACAACUACGGCUCCUCUGGCCGCACUGACAAUGACUCUUACGGCUCCAGCCGCAACGACAACGAUUCCUACGGAUCCAGCAACACAUACGGCCGGGACAACGACAACGACAAGGAGAAGUCUGGUGGUCUCCUGAGCAAGGUCAAGGACAAGGUUGAGGACAAGCUCCACGGCAACAAGAACCGUGACAACGACAAUGAAUACUAA